CCAUACAAUAGAUAGAGAUAGAGAGAGAGAGUGAGAGUGAGAGGGACGAAUUGUCGGAGUCUGGAUUCUCUGGAAGAGUGGAGAGUUGGGUGAGUCAGGAAACCAUACAAAACAGAGAGGCAAGUGACCUGGGCGGCCAUUGAUCAUUUCUUUACUGUGAUUGUGAUACUACUUUUUUUUUUUUUUGAAAAGAACAGAAAGGCCAACUUUUUAUUUCAAGUAUUUGGAGAUUCUGUGAAAUUCACAGUGUGAAUGGUUGGUUAGGAUUCUGACCAAUAAACAGGUGAGUUCCUUCCAAAAGUAUUUUAAUUUUCUUGCUGCUUUCAUUGACGCCGGUCAUCAUCCAUCAUUUUGGUGGAUCUCUCUAGCUAGCCCUCUACGUGUAAUGAACUUACAACAAGCGAAAUCUUAUUUUAAUACCAGUUGACCAAAAAUAGAAACCACCCAUUACCCAAAGAAGAUUGCCAAACAGUUCACUUGGCCCUUAUUUUACUCAUCAACCCUCCUCUGGACCCUCUCCCCACUUUCUUAAGCACUAGUAUAAUUUCUUGGAGAUCCAAUCGCUUCAAGCUUCAUUCUUUGAGCCUUUUCACAUUUGUGAGUUUUUCCAAUAUUUUCAUUUAGGGAUUUUUUGAGGGUUUAUGAUACUGGGGAUUCAUCUUCUUGUGAGUGCUGUCUGAGUGUUUGCUUACUAGGACUUUUUGUUUCAUUGUACAGAAACCCCAGAAAGUUCUUGUUUUGCUGCUUCAAGAACUCAAGAACUCUACUUUCAGCUGGUUGAAUAUUCACUUUUUGUUGGGUUUUCCUCAACUUUCCCUCAAAAAGGGAACUGGGUUUUGCUCAAAAGGAGACAAACUUUAGUGGGUAUUGCUCAGAGGGGGGGAAAAUUGUUCCAAAGAGUGUUUUGCCAUCAGGGUUUCAUUUCAAGGUCAAGUUCAAGUUCAAAAUGUCUGUUGCUUUUAUAUGGGUUGUUUACCCCAAUUCUGAGGUCUCCAAUUGCUUUGGAUUCCUUGAAUCCGCCCGAGAAGGGAACCGCCUAUUUGAUUCCUCCAGAUGCAUUUCUAGAGACAGAAGUUUGAUUUGCCAUAGCAAAUUUAAAAGGGGCAACAAAAAGAACUGGAAAUAUAGCUCCUCGAAUGCGGAUUUGAGCUAUUCAUACUCUGGAAAGAAGGGGAAAUCCCCUAUCGUUUCUAGUCUAGUGGCGAAUCCUGCCGGAGAAAUGGCAACCUCAUCCGAGCAGAAGGUGUACGAUGUGGUGUUAAAGCAGGCAGCUUUGGUUAAGAAGCAGCUGAAAAAUGCAGAUGAUUAUGAUGUGAAACCAGAUAUUGUGCUUCCGGGGACUUUGAGCCUUUUGAGUGAAGCUUAUGACCGUUGUGGAGAAGUUUGUGCAGAGUAUGCCAAGACAUUUUACCUCGGAACGCUGCUGAUGACUCCGGAGAGGCGAAGAGCUAUAUGGGCAAUAUAUGUAUGGUGUAGGAGGACAGAUGAGCUUGUUGAUGGGCCUAAUGCAUCACACAUAACUCCUAAAGCCUUAGAUAGAUGGGAAUCAAGACUAGAAGAUAUUUUUCGAGGACGCCCAUUUGAUAUGCUUGAUGCUGCCUUGUCAGAUACAGUUACGAGGUUCCCUGUCGAUAUUCAGCCAUUCAAAGACAUGAUUGAAGGGAUGAGGAUGGACCUCAGAAAGUCUAGAUACAAAAACUUCGACGAGUUAUAUCUCUACUGUUACUAUGUAGCUGGGACUGUUGGAUUGAUGAGUGUCCCGAUUAUGGGCAUUGCACCUGAAACGCAGGCAACAACGGAGAGCGUCUAUAAUGCUGCCUUGGCUUUAGGGAUUGCUAAUCAGUUGACCAACAUUCUCAGGGAUGUUGGAGAAGAUGCAAGAAGAGGUAGGAUUUACCUACCACAAGAUGAACUAGCACAGGCUGGGCUAUCAGACGAGGACAUAUUUUCAGGAAAAGUAACAGACAAGUGGAGGAGCUUUAUGAAGAAUCAAAUUAAGAGGGCGAGGUUGUUCUUUGACGAGGCAGAGAAAGGAGUCACAGAGCUUAACUCAGCCAGUAGAUGGCCGGUCUGGGCAUCGCUGCUUCUGUACCGCCAAAUAUUGGACGAGAUCGAAGCCAAUGAUUACAACAACUUCACGAGAAGGGCUUAUGUUAGCAAACCAAAGAAGGUACUCGCGUUGCCAGUCGCUUACGCGAAAUCUCUUGUCUCCCCAUCAAGAACGUCGUCUCUAAUACAGGCAUGAAUGCAAGUACGAAGAUCUGAAUAGCCUUAAAACCAUGAAUGAUAUAUAGCUGAGAAAAGAAUGUCAAAAUCUUGUAUAGUAGGAACUGUAAGUCACAAUGCAGUAAGAAUUCAUGAAGGUGUUAGAAUAGCUUUUUCUGUCCUUUCUUAUGUUGAUGCUAGAAGUUGAGGGCAACAACUUAUUCACAUGGUUCCUUUGGUAUUCAAAAUGUAGUAGUACCACAUAAUUCCCGGACAUCCGGUUAUAAAAGAAAAUGUAGUACCGCACAAAA